AUGAGUGAUCACAAAGUCCUUUUUGAUGAACUUAGGUUCAACAACCAACUUCAGCCCCCUGUUGUGGAUAGAUCUGGGAUUACUGUGAUCAUUUGGGACAAUAACAUCCUUGGUAUCAAUGAUAUUGAUAUUCUUCCCCAAGUUAUUCACGUCUCUAUCAAGAAACAAGGAAUUGCACCUCUGGAUAUUUGCAUUUUGAAGCCUUUGAUUAGAAGAGAGUAUCUUCUCGAGUCUAAUCAAGAUGGUCCUCUCAUUUUUUCUUAUAUAUACACAGAUAAUCUUACAUCAUUACCGCACCCACUAUCAUCUUGUUAUGAAAAUCUCACAAAUAUUGCAUUGGCUAAUGACAAGACUAGAGAAAUGUUGGCUUCUCAGGCACACAUGUGGAACCAUACUUUCAAUUACAUUAACUCCAUGUCACUCAAAUGUGCUAUUCAACUUGGAAUUCCAGAUAUUAUCCACUCUCAUGGCCAGGCCAUGACUCUAUCCAAUUUGGUGGCUGCUCUACCCAUCAACAAUAAUGCUAAGACCCUGGAUUAUAUUUUUCGUCUUAUGCGUUUUCUAAUUCAUGCAGGUUUCCUUAGUCAAACCCAGGUUAAUGAUAAGGAAGAAGAGGGUUAUUUACUUACUCCGGCUUCACGUCUCCUACUUAAAGAUGAGCCUUUGUGUCAAAUCCCCUUUGUGCAAAUGGAACUAGAACCACAUUUCAUGGAUCCAUGGCACUCCCUCAGCCAAUGGAUCAAGAACGGUAACGAUUCUAGUACUCCAUUUGCGAUCUGUCAUGUCAAGCCCCUUUUUGAAUAUGACGAAAAGAAACCAAAGAUUAACCGUCAAUUUAAUGAAAUCAUGGCUAGUGAUUCCCGAUUGAUUAUGAGUGUGGUGAUUGAACAUUGUAAGGCAGUUUUUGAAGGACUGAAAUCAUUGGUUGAUGUUGGAGGUUGCCCUGGAAUUGUGGCUAAAAUUAUUGCCAAUGCACUUCCUGAAAUAGAUUGCAUUGUAUUUGAUCUGCCACAUGUAAUUGAAGGAUGUGAAGGGAGCAAGAACUUGAGCUACGUGGAAGGAGACAUGUUUAAGUCCAUUCCCUCCAUCGAUGAAAUUUUACUAAAGUGGGUAUUACAUGAUUGGGGUGACGAAGGAUGCAUCAAAAUAUUGAAGGAAUGCAAAGAAGCAAUUCCAAGUAAAGAGAAGGGAGGGAAGGUGAUCAUCAUUGACAUGGUAUUGACAGAUCAUAAGCUACAGAAAGGAGACGACAAGUCAUAUGAAACUCAACUUUUCUUUGACAUGCUCAUGAUGGUUCAUGUUUCUGGAAAGGAAAGAAAUCAACAAGAUUGGGCUAAACUCUUCUCUGGUGCUGGCUUUGGAGACUACAACAUUAUUCCUGUGCUGGGAUUGAGAUCUAUUAUUGAAGUUUUCCCUUUAUCUGUAGAAUUUGCUAAAUUAAAUAAAACACCGGUCAAGUGAUGAUGCCACUAAUAACAGGAGCUGCCCUUAAUCUAGCGAAAAAUAUAGCUUUCAUUAUUCCCAUUUCGUGCGUUAUAUAGGAAAAGUUAUUCCUCAUUUCCAUGUCAACAUAAACCAACUUCUUUAUGAUAUUUUCGAUCCUUACUUCA